AUGAAGCGACGAAGUGUUACGUUCACGGAUAGCCCGCCUGAGGUCAUCAAUAGCAGAGAAAGUCUUGACAAUAUUUUUGCACCUCUGAGCCACUUUUGGUUGAGUCUGUCGAGACUAGAUCACGGCAAUAAUAAUAAAGAAAGAACUGUUGGUAAUAAAUGUAGCCAACAUCUUGAGCGGUGUUAUUUUUCUCGUUCUGUACCUGAUCUCAAUAAGAAGCUUCAUUAUAUGUCACUUUUACCGAGAUCUCAUACAAAGAAUGUUUCUGGAAAUAGGGUGGAAAAGAAUAAUUUGCAACUCAAACAUAGAUCAAACACUGUUUAUCUAUCGACAGCUGAUUUUGGUACGCCGUUACGAAUGCAGAACUCAUGGAAACAGGUAGCGGAAUCAAUAUGUAAUGCCGAUAGGUCACGCAAAAGUGAUGAGGGUGAAUUUUGCUUACAAGAACGAAAACAAGAAAAUAGUUGUAUACCUUUAUCUGGUGAAGAUCAAAAUAUUACUGUUGUUGUGGAAUCGUUUUCUGAUAAUAUCACUGAUAAUGACAGUGAUGUCUGUAAUACUUAUAGUUUCAUUGUUAACCAGAAGCAUGAAGAUUCUACUACUGAUAAGAAGGAAACAAGUCUGGAGUGCAAUGGUGCAAAGCAUGCUGCUUACGUUGGUGAUAAGGAUAGUAGCUAUAUUACUAGCAAGCAGAAAUAUGCUAUAAACAGCGGAAAAGGUAAAAAUCGAGCAGAAAUUGAUCAUCGAACAGUAACUCGAGAAUUUCUGCAACGCCAUCGUUCUCGUCAUUUAUUAGACUACAAAAAACUUGAGAUGGCCACCAGGAAUGGAACUGCUCUAUCUACAGCCAACAAAAACUGGUCUUGGAAUAAUGUGGAUAGGGUCAGUGGUUAUGGUUAUUCGUCCUUAAACAAACUAUCUCAACAAAAGAGCCUUCAUCGACACCAUUCUACUAACGGUAUCAACAAAUUAUUUUCUAUUACUCGUUCAUCUGUUAUUAAAAAUAUGAGAAUUACUUAUGAGUGGCGACAUUCUAAGAUUUAUUCCAAAGGGCAGCAACGUAUUGUAGAUGGUGAAUUUAUUUUGUGUUUUUUUUCAGAAAUGGCCAAGCACAUAGCUGAAUGCUUGGAGCAGUUUAAUACGGUUUUGGACAAAGUAUUACAAGCUCGUCAGCUGGUAAAUAUAACUUUUCUCAUCCCAUAUAGGUUGAAAAAUGAAAAAAUGUUUCUUGAAACAUCUCCAGAUCUACCCGUAGAUGAUCGAGAAACAAUGUUACGUUUACUCAAUCAAGCUAUGCGAACAGGUCGAAAACGGAUGGAAUGUAGUGAUGACCGUUAUGAUCCUGACGGACGGCAUAGUGAAAGCCCAAAUAGCCUUUUGGGGCAACGGUAA